CAGACGUACAGGGUGUGUCUGACUCGCUCUCAAGGUUGCAUAAGCAAGAUUUCAAAAUCAAUCCUACUCUGGAGACCUCAACCUAGCGGACAGUGUUCCUGGCUAGCAAAGAAGAACUGCAUGACUCUUCUUGUUUUCUUCAAAUCUUUACCCUUACUCUUGUAUCCCCGCCUUCUCCUCUGCAGGAAACUUUAUUUCCUACUUCUGCACACCAAGUUCCUACCUCCAGAUCUGCUUGGUUCAGUUGCUGAGAAACCUGACGAACCAGUGCCACUUGGAAGAAGCCAGCCCCUGGACGGAGGAGGAUGGGAGGCAAUGACACGUGGAUCCAACUCAGCCACAACAUGCUGACCACAUCUCAUUCUCUGCUUACAACAAACAUCCGGGUGGACGGCGCAGACCCCACCACCGUCUUUGACUACGGGGAGGACAGCGCACCCUGUGUGAAAGACGACGUGAAACAGAUCGCAGGCAGGCUGCUGCCUCCGCUCUACUCGCUGGUGUUCAUCUUCGGGUUUGUGGGCAACCUGCUGGUCGUCCUCAUCCUGAUCAACUGCAAAAAGCUGAAGAGCAUGACUGACAUCUACCUGCUCAACCUGGCCCUCUCCGACCUGCUCUUCCUUCUGACGUUCCCAGUGUGGAUUCAUUCUGCUGCGAAUUGGUGGGCCCUGGGGAACGUGAUGUGUAAAGUCUUCACAGGGAUGUACCACAUUGGUUAUUUUGGAGGCAUCUUCUUCAUCAUCCUCUUGACCAUUGACAGGUACCUGGCGAUCGUCCACGCUGUGUUUGCUUUAAAAGCCAGGACGGUCACGUUUGGGGUGGUGACCAGUGGGGUCACCUGGGUGGUGGCCGUGUUCGCCUCUCUCCCAGGAAUCAUCUUCACCAAAUCCCAAGCUGAGGAGUCUGUUUACUCCUGCGGCCCUUACUUCCCAGUUGGCUGGAAGAAUUUCCAUACGAUAAUGAGGACCCUCUUGGGCCUGGUCCUGCCCCUGCUGGUCAUGGUCGUCUGCUACUCGGGAAUCCUGAAGACCCUGCUGCGGUGUCGCAACGAGAAGAAGAGGCACAAGGCCGUGAGGCUCAUCUUCGUGAUCAUGAUCGUCUACUUCCUUUUCUGGGCUCCCUACAACCUCGUCCUGCUCCUGGACACCUUCCAGGAGUUCUUUGACUUGAGUACCUGCCAGAGGACCAGCCAGCUGGACCAAGCCAUGCAGGUGACGGAGACCCUGGGCAUGACCCACUGCUGCAUCAACCCCAUCAUCUACGCCUUCGUCGGGGAGAAGUUCAGACGGUACCUCUCCGUGUUCUUCCGAAAGCACAUCGCCAAGCACCUCUGCAAACAAUGCCCAAUUUUCUACCGGGAGACCGCCGAUCGCGUGAGCUCCGCCUACACCCCUUCCACGGGAGAGCAGGAAGUCUCAGUGGGUUUGUAAAUGAGCAGCAAUUUGCUUGUUGCUUUCAAGGGAGAUAGCCAUCUAUCUAGGAUAAUUAGCCUCAGGGGUUUUGAACUACACAGACCUGCAGAUCUCUAAAGUGAGUGCCCAGGAAUCUCAGGGUUCAGGUACCGAGACAGACCUAUGUCACUCCUUAUACAGCCAAUGUGUACUCAGGGCAUAUUCCAGAACCACUGUGGGUAGAGAUUGACUGCAGCCAGCUCAUCUCAGGUCUCAGUUCCUGGAAAAUGCCUCAUUGCCGAUGCUUACGCUCUUGCCCCUGCCUUCACCAUUUCUUCACUCGCUCUGAUUCUAUCAGUCUCUUUAAUCAAGUGCCCAGUGAGACAACUGUGGGUGAAGGAAACGGGUGAGUGGGCUCGACCACGUGCAGGGGGAGGGAGGCGUGAGAAUGGCUAGGCCUGGGUGGGGAUGCAGGCAAGGGGUUUCCUCGUUCAACCAGGCAGGGAGUGGCCCGGAGCCCCACCUCCCACCUGUAUUUGACUUUGAAGGCUUCCCAGGUCCUAAGCUCGGGGACUGUACUCACUUUCUGACAGCUUUGCUUGGGUCCCAUGAUCCUCUUCUGUGUAAGUGCAUGACACAUCCUCACUUUAUUCUGUUCUAUCUCUACCAACCAGGCACCCUUCCUUUGAAAUCUGUUAAACCUAUUGUCCCACUGCCCCCAUGUUUCUUGGGCCACACCGCCCUCUAUAAAAAUGUACACAAAUGUUUGUUUGUGAAAUAUGCACCUUCCCUAUUGAGAUGAAAAAUAAAGCCCUCGCUUGGUCUUGCCAGGGAAAGGGGAGGGUGGGAGGCAAUGAUUAGGAAAAAGGGUGGGGACCAGUGAGUUCCCCCAUCAGGGGUGCAGGGCCAUAGCAAGAGUGAGACCACCCCAGGAAGGUUUCCAGCAUCAGCUGAGGGGGAGGCCAGAAAGGACCCUCAGCACCUCCCGAGGCCUCGCGUCGCAGACCUGACGGUGCAGCUUCUGCUGCCUCUGCCU